CCGGAAGAAGGGCCUUCUCUGCCAGAGCUUGGAGACAGAAACCAGUUUGCAGACCUGCCAGGACAGAGCUUGCAAGGUCAUGCUGGCUGGAGGCUGCUGGGUUUCCCUCUCGAGACCUUGCUUGCGUUGGGAGGUCAUAAACCAAACUGCGCCAGUCAAGAUUUUGCCCGUGAUAAGAUGUGUUGACGCCUAGUUCCCCUCUCUCGUUCCCCUCUCUUUCUAGGCUAGCGCUGACAGCAUGCUGAAGCUUCGGCUCUUGACGUGGGACGUGAAGGACACCCUCCUUCGCCUCCGUGUCCCCGUGGGCGAGAGCUACUCUGCUGAGGCCCGGGCCUGUGGCGUCCAGGUGCAGGCCGAAGCCCUCACCCAGUCUUUCCGCCAAGCCUACAGGGCCCAAAGCCUGCAUUUCCCCAACUAUGGCUCAGACAGAGGCCUCAGCUCCAAGCAGUGGUGGAUGGAUGUUGUCAUGGAGACAUUCCGGCUCUCCGGUAUCCACGGCAAGGAGGUUGUCCGGCCCAUUGCGGAGAAACUCUAUCGGGAUUACAGCAGCGCCCGCAACUGGGAGUUGCUCCCGGGUGCCAGGGACACUCUAAAGCAGUGCCAGAGAAUGGGGGUCCCCAUGGCCGUCAUCUCCAACUUUGACCAGAGGCUGCAGGAAGUGCUGACCCGCUGCGGCCUCCGCCAGCACUUCGACUUUGUCCUGACCUCGGAAGAAGUGGGGUUUGCCAAGCCGGACAAGCGGAUUUUCCUGGAGGCGCUCCGCAUCGCAGGGGUGUCUCCUCAGCUGGCAGCUCACGUGGGGGACGACUACGUGAACGACUACAAGGCAGCGAGAGAGGCAGGGAUGCACAGUUUUCUGUAUAAAUCAGGUUGCCAGCCUCUCGAGAAGGAUGCGGAAGUGCCCAAUGCCCACAUCCUACCAUCACUGAUGCACCUCCCGUCCCUUAUAGAGAAGGGCUAAGAGGAGGAGUUUUGUCCGGGUUCAGCUAAAUCACACCUGGUGUCCCUCCUAGACUGUAGCACUUCAGGUGGAAGGUGAGAGAGGGAGGAAACAUUUUAUGUUCUUCUACAUUAAAAAUAGUAAUAAUUAAAUUAAUAAUCUAAUUUAAUUUUUAAAAUAAAUAAAAAGAAAGGAGGUAGCAGGAUUGGGGAGAAAGAUCCUGGGCCCGCCCCCUGAUACCCAUGAGUUAUUUAUGCAUGUAAUUACUUUUGAGUCAGUUUGUGGCCCAAAAGUGGACCUCUCCCAAGUUUAAAAAUUUGAGCUUAAAUUAUUUAGCACAAUUUCAUAACAAACAGAAAAUAAAACGUCCCUGGCUUAAAUGCCUAAAGUAUUUGGUUGUUUAUCUAUAUACUUUUGUUUGUAUGUGCCUUUUAAAAAUAAAUAAAAAGGCUGUUA